AUGCUCACAAGUGCGCAGGAACGAGUGCCCAAGGUUGGUUUCCAGAAACUAGGAGGCGAUGGUAGCGUCCACAAGUAUGCUACUACUGGUGUACAUUUGAUAUUGUUCUUGAUCCGAUCCAGGCAUAACAAGUCAUUGUAUUUGCUUUCUCCGCCUAUCGCAAUUACAAAUCUUGUUGAAUCUCUUGUCCUUGUUGCCACCGCUGAAACGAAAAGACCAGAUGUGGAACGGCAGUAUACAAGUGCACGACGGUUAAUUCACAAAAUGAUGUUGAUCGCGCUCAUGGAAAAAAAGCCACUGAACACCCCUCCCUCUGGCUACGUGCUCAUACGGUUCCUCAUAAUCAACUCAUUGGAUUACACUGGCAAGUUUGUUCCUACCCGUGAUAUAACCCCGGUCAUCGCAAAAUUGAAGUAUUGGUUACGACUCGUGGUCUUAUGUGACAUCAUGCAGCCGUCCGAAGUCGAUCAUGCUUUAGAGAAACUCGAACAAACGUAUGCUCCUUUCCUCAUGGAUGCCUAUGCAACUCCAUUUGGUGCACUUGUUGAAAUAAGCCGUCUUGCAUCGACAUCAGUGGUAAAUGAUUCCCGCUUGCCUUAUAUAUUCUGGUCCACAAAAGGAAACUUUACCGAGUUGACUUUGGCUGGCUCAUGUGAAACUGUCAAGCUCCAUCAUAUAUCACAUCUUGCUAGUAGCAUUAUGAAGAAAAUUGAAAACGAAAUAGCCAUGCUGACACACGGUAUCAGUCUCGAUGUGAUAUUGGGCAUCAGUAACAACUCCUACCUUGCUCUGUAUGAUGAGCCGAACAAUACCACAAUCGGGUAG